UAAGGAGGGGGUGAGGUGACGUCAGCCCCCUGCUUGCGUUGGAUAAAUGGGUCUAUUAUUGCCUAAUGCCUCUUAUUGCUGCCGCGAAGGAGUAGAGGGGAGGAGGAACACCCACACACGCACGCAGCAAAUCUACUACUGUUGCAUGCUGUUGUGAAUGGGAGAAGAGAGCAACAAAGCCUUGUCACUUUCUGCUGAUUCUCCUUUUGCACGUCUCCCCGAUCAUCUAUUGAUAGAAAUCUUUAUUCGUGUUCCCAUUGUGGAGUGGGGGCAGCUCUCAUGUGUUAAUAAGUACUGGGCUAAUUUGUUUCGGGAGGACUGCUUGUGGCAUGCUGCUCUUAUCCGAUGUUUUCCUUUGGCUGGUCAAGGUAAAAGGUGGCCAGGCCCUAUUCCUCGCGGGAUGAGCAAAAGGAGGUUUGCUGCUCUGUAUUUGAGUAAAUGUAUCUUCCCACUAGAUGAUGAGUUAAGUGAGAUUGUAGGUCAUACAUGCUUGUUUCUGAAGGAGCAGCUUGAAAUUUCAACCAUGCCUCCUCCGUCCGGGAUACUUCAUGGAACCAUUAUAGCAGAUCAGUUUAUUGCAUGUGGGACGUCAAGGGACAGGGCCCACGAGCUCGCAUCAUCGAUUUGGUUGGCUGUUAUUGACAACUUAGAGGACAAUCAUCAAACAUUUCACUUGCUUAAACGUCUUGCUUUCGAGGGAGAUGUUUUUCUGCCGUAUCCAUACUCGAGGUCAUACAAAGUUGAGUGGAAGAUAUUUGAAAGGCUUUUUACAGAUUUUCGUGACUGUUUGCGCAAUGCAGAUUACUAUGAUUUAAUGGCUUGUGCCAAACAAAAGUUUCAACCAAUACCAGCUACUUGGCUAGGUUACUAGCAUCAUCAGACCUCAGUGGUAGUGAUAUUUCCAGAACUGUGCGUUGAAUCGUUGCUUGUGCGGGGCGAUCCCGAAUAUCAAUUGAACUAGUUGUGGUUUUGUAAUAUUGAUUUUCAUGAUAUGUUGUAGAUUACUAAGAAUUACAUGUCAGAGCAUGCAUGGACAAAAAGAUUGAUCGUAUAUAAAUAUAUAAAGCAUAUUGGAAUUUGUUGGUUGAUGAAUCUGAA